AUGUCGAUAGCCAUUCCGUUUUUCCAACAAGUGACAGGGAUCAAUGUCAUAUCAUUCUACGCCCCUAUACUUUUCCGAACCUUAGGUUUGGGUGAAAGUGCAUCCCUCCUGUCUGCAGUCAUGACUGGUAUCAUAGGAACAAUAUCAACUUUCAUAUCGAUGCUGCUUGUGGACAGAUUUGGGAGACGAGCUUUGUUCAUCUUCGGAGGAGUUCAAAUGUUUAUCUGUCAGAUAGCUGUUGGUGUCAUUAUGGCAACACAGUUAGGUGAUCAUGGUGGGAUAAGCAAAGGGUAUGCUUACUUGGUUUUGGUGCUUAUAUGUGUUUAUGUUGCCGGGUUCGGGUGGUCUUGGGGGCCCUUAGGGUGGUUGGUGCCUAGUGAAAUCUUUCGUCUCGAGAUAAGAUCAUCAGGGCAGAGUGUAACAGUUGCUGUGAACUUUGUGUUCACUUUUAUUGUAGCUCAGAUUUUUCUUGCAAUGCUUUGUAGGUUUAAAGCUGGGAUUUUCUUCUUCUUUGGUGGGUGGGUAUUGGUGAUGACUGUCUUUGUUUACUACUUCUUGCCAGAAACUCACAUGUGUACUAGACAUGCUACAUAUAACGUAUUGCUACCUCUAAUCAUUUGUCUGGGAGGCCAAAACGACUUUUGUCUGGACCAACCUUUCCAGCCAGCAUGUUGA